AGAUUAUCGCUAAUUAAACUAGAUGCUCCCAGCUCACUGUCACCAUUAACAAUGGGCAAGGUUCAUGUCAGUUCUCCAUUCCCAGGCAGCUUCUGCUGGCGAAGAACGUCUCAUUCGGCCUUGACGGUGACGUGAAUGAUCCUGAAACUACUGCGAUCACAGUUUACAACACGGAUAUUGGUGCUUUCAACUUGUUCUCAAUGUGGCUGCAUGGGCUCCGCUUGCCUAAAGUUGCCAGAUCCCCUAUCGUCAUGCCUUUGCAGUUACAAACCGCUGGAGUCGUCAAGGUUCCUGGUAACGGCCCUGACUUUGAAGCCACUGUCGAGAUCGAUCCCACCAGCAGUCUCAACAAAAAUUGUUUCCAGCACAUUUGCUGCGUGGAAUUCUACAAAGAUUUAUCUGUCGAAGAAGUACGCUUGGCAAAAUUGAUAGCCUGUUCUACCAGUCCCCCCGCAGUUCCCCAGAAUGGCCUGCAAGCUGCAUCUCCUAGUCAAUCUUUGCUACUGGGUCCCGGUUCGUCCGGAUACAGGAAACGACAGAGCGCACAAACCCAAUUUCCAGUGGCACAUAAUAAAAUAAAGAAGCAGGCAGGUGUUUCACGUGACAACGAGAGAGUUCAGACGCUCCUGCUGCAGUUGGCUCUUUUGGCACAGAAGUACAAUUGGGCCGGGUGUUUCAACAGAGCAAUCGCCACCUAUCGGUACGGGGAGAGACAGUUGCGCAGAACUCUUCCUCAGAUUCAUCAUAUCCAGCUCAUUUACAGAGACAACUCAGCAGACACCAGCCAGAUUGCACGGCUCAUGGUAGAUUACGCGUUUUGUUGUGGAACACAAUCAGCUAUGCAGGACUUGGUUGUCGCGGUCUCUGCCACCACUCCCGGCUUUCUUGUCGACUACAUGAAGAGAUUAGACGGCACGGUAGCUGUCCCCGGAUGCAUAGUCACUCGAUGCAACGGAAGCAUCAACAUAUGCGCAAAUUCCACAGGCUCUAUCAUCCAAACCCAUUAUGCCGCACCCUUGAAUGAGAACAACGCACAUCAUUAUUGUAUGCAAGUUUGAUUGCUUUCUUGGUCUGUAUCGCGGCGAAAUUUUCUCUAAGCUGAUGGUCAGGGAAAUAAGGCAGCGUUAGAUUUUGUAGGAUCAGAGGUCGCAUGAUUUCGCAAGGACACUGGGCAUGGAUACAUUAUGUUUGCAGCAGAUGCACUAGGUAGCACAGUAGGAAUUGACUCGUGUUGACUGAUCGGCAG